GGUUUGACGUUUCUACGAAUGGACGUUCCAAGCAAAGAGCACAAGACCUUUAAACAUUUCCAUUGCGGAAAACGAGGAAUUUACUAGUGUGUCCCGUUGGGAAAUUGUUUAGAACGGUGGCAGACGUACCCAACGCUUAUCUGUGUGUCGCUUAAAACCAAUUGCAUUUACCAUUGGCUACCGAAAGCGAGUGUGUUGUGUUUUGUGUGCCAGUUAACAAGAUACAGCUGAACGGGGGCGUGAGCGUGUGUGCGUGUGUGUCCCAUGUUUUAUGUGCAAUCAGCGUUUGCGAUAUCUCUCUGUGCGACGUAUUCACUGCUAAAAGGUGUAGUGUACAAAACACGGGCAAAUUGCGUUGUACUACCACCCCACGUCUUGUGCUCGGCUGCUCGCUCGCCCGCUGACGGGGUCGAAUUUUUCGCGGAUGGUGUGAUGGGGCUUUCCCGUGGCUGGCAGAAGAAAAGCUACACUGCAUAGCCAAGUGUGUGCGAGCUGAUAGUGUGUGGUCCGUUUCUCUCGCCCUCCCCGAGAGAAGAAGAAGGUGUCCGAAGCAAAGAAAGUGUGACGCAAUGAAAAAAUCGCAUCUGCUGCUGACUGCUGCAUAAAACCCUUUUUUUUCGUCGCAGUACCCUGGGAAAGCCAUGUUACAGCGGGGAAAGCGAAAAGUUUUUAGGCGGUGGUAAACAAGUAAAAAUUCUUUCCAACCACCCCCUUCCCUCUCCCACCCGUUGCUGUUUAGCGGAGUGUGUGUUGUUUGUUCAAGGAUCAAAUUCGCGAACGUGUGUAUGCGUGUGUUUGAGUGCUCGAAUGUGCCUGAAACAGGCGAAGAAAAGUAUUGAAAUUUGUUAAGUAAACGGUUAUCUGCUUAGCUCUGCUCCACGAUCGAUUCGACCCGUGGAGGAGCCAACGUAAGCCAUGAAAAGUGACAUGAGUGAGCUAGGUUCUGAAGCACUGGAUAACUGUCCGUAACUGCAGCAGAAGCAGAAAGAGCAGGAGGCAGGCAGAAGGGAAACAAGGUCUCGAUCUCGAUCAACGCAAAGCAAUCAUGGGAGCCAAGGAUUCGAAGCCGUCCUGUAUUAGCUACGAGGAGGCCGUCAAACGAGUGACGGACUCGGAGCUGCGACGAAUCAAGGAUGCGUUUAAACGAUCGGCCGGCACCAGCGGAUCAGUGCUGAGCAAAUGUGCCUUCAUGCAGGAUGUCCUCGGCGAUGGCGUACCUUCGGUGGUGGCCGAUUGGCUGUACACGGCUUGCGGCGGUACGGCCAAAGGUAUCGCCUUCAAAGAGCUGCUCUGUGGCCUCGUGCUACUAACGAAAGGAACGCAGGAUGAAAAAAUUAAAUUUCUUUGGACGCUGUACUGCAACGAGUCGGGCACGCAUAUACUCAAACAAGAGUUCCACAAAGCCAUACAAAUAGAAACGACCUACCAAAGCAAUGCCACCAAUAGCACCAACAGCAACAACAACACCACCAACUGUAGCAAUAACAAUAAUAGUAAUAAUAACAAUCAAUCGGUAGUGAAUAGGAACAAUCAUCAGCACCAGCAGCAACAGUUCCAGUUGAGCCGGUUUCAGGUGUCACUGUUCGGCCAGAACGAUCGAGUCACGUUUGAGCAGUUCAAGUCGUGGAUACAGAUGCACCGCGGUGCGACGGCCUUAUCCAAGUGGUUGCUGCAGGACGCGUGCGUCAACCUCAGUUCCGAGCUAGAAACCCCUACCUUUUACCAGAGUUUGGCCGGAGUCACUCACCUGGAAGAGCAGGAUAUCGGUGAUCUGGAAAAGGUGUUCUGGUUGCUUAAGGGUGCUGCCGUUACGGGGCAGCUAGAUUUGGAAUCGCUCGGGCCGCUGGUCAGUCCACCUGUUCCGAAAGCCGCCCUCGGUGGAGUGUUUGUAGCGUUCGACGAGAACCACGAUGGGCACAUCGAUUUCAAGGAGUUGUGCUGUGGUGUGAGUGCCGCCUGCCGAGGACCGAGCGUGGAGCGUAGCAAGUUUUGUUUUAAAGUAUUCGACAUCGAUCGUGAUGGAGUGCUGAGCUUUGUGGAGAUCAGGCAGAUGAUCGACAUACUGCUGUCGGUGGCGCGCGAAGCAAAUGCCAGCGUGUAUCGGAAUCUGAACCACGAACGAGUGCUUGCGGAGCUGUAUCGCCGAGCAACGCAGGGAAGUGAGGGUAAAGAGACCGCCAGCGAGGCCAGCGGAACGCCUCUGGAGGGUGGGGUUAGCGCAGCGAACAUCCCGGAGUUUAAGUUUACGCAGGAAGAUUUCCUGAUCUGGAGCAUUGAGAGCAGUUCGAAUUUGGUUCAACCAUUCCUCGACCUUCUGUUUGAAGUUUGUCACAUUGUGCUUGGGCUGCGUCCCCAGUGCCGUCAUCUCGAGGGUGACAUAGUUCGUGGUUGGCUUUCGCGCGAAGUUCGUCGGGGGUAUAAGGUUGGACAGUUUUGGUAUUUAAUAUCAUCGGACUGGUGGCAGCACUGGUCCCAGUACACCCAACUUUCAUCACCCAGCUCUUCCUGCGUGCAUUGCAAAACCACGGGGACCAGUUACGCGAGCAAUCGCGUCAGUGCCAGUGCUGCAGGUGGCAUGCCCAACGGAGGUAACGUUACUAGCACCGGAACGGUGGAUGAGGCAAUGAUCUGUGAUGAAAGCUUUACGUCCAAUUCGACCGAGAGUAUGGGCGAUUUGCUGGGUACGGGGGAUUCAUCUAGUCUGGGCUCGGGAAGUAGUGGAAUUUCGUACGGUCGGCACGCCGGCAGUGCGCCCGGUCCGAUCGAUAACAGCUGUCUUAUAGCGCCGAACAUUUACAAGCAAAUACCGACUCUUACCGGCGAAGGUGGUCGCUUGAAGCGGGAUCUUACCCUGGUGCAGCACCGAGACUUUGAGCUAGUGCCGGAUUCACUGUGGAAGGCGCUGGCGCAAUGGUACGGUGGUCCGCUGCCCUUGCCAAGGCAGGUCAUUCAACCGCACAGUAUUGGCGAUGUCGAAUUGGAGCUGUACCCGUUGAACUUGAGGAUACUGCGCCAUCAAAGCCAGCCGGUACAGCAUCAGCAACAGCAUGGACAGAUGGCCGGCAGUAGUGCGUGGGCCAGCAUGUCCGGAGGGUACGGCGCACUCACGACCGGAAACUAUCCAACGUCGGUUUCGUCGGUACCGGCUGUCAUGCAUCCGCCGAAGAAGUAUCUCGCUUACACGGCCGCCUUCAGCCGAUUGGCAACCAUCAAGCAGGUAGCCGAGUUCCUAUGCCAAAGAUUGAAGUUAAAACCGGAAGACAUUCGGCUCUGGCAUCUCGUUCCAACGCCGACUGGAAUCAGCGAAUUUCCCUACCUACUGGAGGAAGACCAGCUGACGCUGCACGAGCUAUCGAUUGGAGAUAGCGAUCAGAUCCUGCUAGAGAUUCGUAACAAGGAUCUCACCUGGCCAGAGGAGCUUGGUUCGCUAGCACUAUCGCAGGGCACCGGCAGCACCAGUAUGGAGCGAAGAGGAACCAUUGCGUCAAUCUCAUCGCAACAUCCUCCGGGUGCGACGGGACUGCACAAUCUGGGCAACACGUGCUUCAUGAACGCUGCCCUGCAGGUUCUCUUCAACACGCAGCCACUCACGCAGUACUUCAUCCAAAAGAAGCAUCUGUACGAGCUGAACACAACGAACAAGAUGGGCACGAAGGGACAGCUGGUGCUUCGGUACGCUGAGCUGUUGCGCGAUGUUUGGACAGCUUCGACGCGUUCUAUCGCUCCGUUGAAGCUGCGUUUUUGUGUAACGAAGCACGCGCCGCAGUUUUCGGGCGGUGGACAGCACGAUUCACAGGAGCUGCUGGAUUGGCUGUUAGAUUCGCUGCACGAGGAUUUGAAUCGGGUGAUGGAGAAACCGUACACGGAGUUGAAGGAUUCGGACGGACGUUCGGAUGUGAUCGUGGCGACGGAAGCAUGGAGUCAGCAUCACGCUCGCAACCAAAGCAUCAUCGUGGACCUGUUUUAUGGACAGCUAAAAUCGAAAGUAACCUGCCAGGGUUGUGGCAGAGAUUCGGUGCGGUUCGAUCCGUUCAGUCUGCUAAGUCUGCCGUUGCCCGUGGAGAACUAUACGUACUGCGAGGUACUCGUGAUGCUGCUGGAUGGCUCCGUACCGGUAAGGUAUGGUCUGCGGUUGAAUUCGGAAAUGAAAUAUUGGGAUCUGAAGAAACAUCUGAGCGAUCUGUGUGGACUUGAGCCGGACCAAAUGUUAAUCUGCGAACUGUCCAACUCGCAAAUUCGACUUAUACUGCCCAACGAGCUACGAAUAAAGCCGAGCACCGCAUGCGAGUUGUAUGCGUACGAGCUGCCAAAGACCGACAGUGUGCUCCGAUCUCGGGCCGGCUCCGAGUUGGGCAUUAACAUCGAGAAGGGGCUCAAGGAUAUACAGCGGAAUCAAGCUCUUCUACUACCAUCAUUAGACCCGCACCAGCUAACGACAAGCUCGAUCAACACCACGAUCUCGUCGACAUCGUCGUCCACGUCCUCCUCCUCCUCCUCCUCCUCGACGGCCACGACAGACGAUACGGCGGCCAUCACCGGACGCAAGGCGGGAUCCGCCGGGUUCGGCGGAUCGAAACCAUUGACGAACGGAGUGCACUACAAUGGUAGUGGUGCAGGCGGCGGAGGCGGCGCCAGCGGAGGAGGAGGUGUCGAUGGCGGCAAUGGAGCGACGAUGGCUAACCGCAGGACCUCGGCCACGUCGAAGGUAAGCCGGUGCUUUGGCAACACACUCUGCAUGCCCCCGAAUAUGUUGUGCUUCAAGCACAUUCCGGAGAUCAGCACCAGUCCCGACAGCACGUUCGUGUAUGGCGCCGGGCAGUACAGCGAGCUCGCGGCCGGGUACGGCGGCAAUACGAACAGUGUUAUCAGCCAUCAGCAGCAUCAUCAUUCGCAGCCAACGAAAGAUCCGAACCGAUCGAAAACGAUAUCGACGACAAAUUUGUUAAACAACACCGAUAACAAUGGUUGGAGCAGCAGCGGCGGUGGCAAUGGUGGCGUUGGGUGCGACCUAUCGAACACGCACCAUCUGCAUCAUCCGUACGAGUGUACCGACUGCGAUAAUAUCUACAUGAGCGAGGACAUGCCGUCGUACGGUGAUCAGCAGCAGCAGCAGCAGCAGCAGGGAGAUGCGAUAAGUCUAAGUGCAAUUAGCAAGCGACCGCAGGGGCACGGGUUCGCGGGUGGCCAGCGGAAGACUAACUACCUGAUUGCGGUUCAUCGGAAGCUUAGUCGGCAGGACACGUACUUCCUUUCGCAUCACAAAUCGAAACCGGGCCUGUUCGGUGUGCCACUGCUGAUUCCCUGCUACGACGGGGUCACCAACAAAGAGCUGUACUGCUCCGUAUGGUUGCAGGUGGCCCGUUUGCUCAGUCCACUGCCUCCGACGCCUCCCGACCAAUCAAACCACGCUACCGACUGUGAUGAUAGUCUAGGGUACGAUUUUCCGUUCACGUUGCGAGCGGUAGGAAGCGGCGGCCGCAUGUGUGCCCUCUGCCCGUGGUCACGUUUCUGUCGUGGUUGCGAGAUCCCGUGCAAUGACGAGCCUUUGCUGCAGGGGCUGAUUUGUUCGGCACCCGGUUCCACAAGUAACAGUUCCACACCAAAUCUAUCUUCGCGCGAGCAAACACCGACCCUGCGACGGAAGGGCUAUGCGGCAAGCUCGUCGGGCAGUUCGUCGCUAGAUGGGACCACCAACCAUCAGCAGCAACCGUCGUCGUCGAUGGGAACAGUGCCAACAGCGUCGUCUGCGUCACCGGCAGCCACGUUGCAAAGCUCCAUCAAUGCACGGUCGAUCCAGAUUGCCAUCGAUUGGGAUCCGACGGCGCUCCACUUACGCUACCAAAGCACGCGCGAACGGCUGUGGACCGUGCACGAGUCGGUGUCCAUCUGCCGCAAACAGCAAACCGAACCGGUCGAUCUGGAUCACUGUCUGCGGGCGUUUACCUCAGAAGAGAAGCUCGAGCAAUGGUACCACUGCUCGCACUGUAAACAGAAAAAGCCUGCCACUAAAAAGCUGCAGAUCUGGAAACUACCUCCCAUUUUGAUCGUGCAUCUGAAGCGCUUCAACUACGUCAGCGGUAAAUGGGUAAAGUCGCAAAAGGUGGUCAACUUCCCGUACGAAGACUUUGACCCAACGCCUUACCUUGCUUCCGUGCCGCAGGAAACGAUUCUGCGCCAUCGGGAUCUGCUCGAAGGCAUCGGUGCUGGUCCGCGCGGUGACGGGCGCAACCGGGACUGCCACGAAGAGUUCGUCGAGUUCGAUCGGGAAAUGUCCAUGAUCGAUGAAGCAAGCGAUGAGCUUUCACUGUCCUCGCUGCGGAUAAACGGAGCGAAGGAUAGCGAAGCGGGCGGCGAAGAUGACGGCGAAGAGGACGGUUUGGGUGGCGUUCCGCGGACCAGUAUUAUCACGCCGGCCAUCGUUGGUUCGAAUCAUGUGGCAAGCGCCCGUCAGACUCAAGACAGCGACGGGGUGGUGUUGGGCGGUGCUAGCUCCUCAGGCAGUCAUGAAAACAGUCCCGCAUCCUGUUCGUCCGUACGGGUAAAGUCGGCAUGCUCGGUGCGGAGCAGCGAUUCGACUCGCCGGCAGCGGUUAGUGUCUACCAGUCUCACGAAGACACCCAUCAUCGAUGGAGAGCUGACGGAUUUCCACAAACACCAUCUGAAGCCCGAAUGUGAUGCAUUCGAGUUGAAGUACCAGCUUUAUGCUGCUGUGUGUCAUUCCGGUAUGCUUAACGGUGGCCAUUACAUCUCCUACGCGGCCAACCCGAACGGAUCGUGGUACUGUUACAACGAUAGCUCGUGCCGGGAGAUACCUACCCGGCCGAAAAUCGAUCCCAGCACGGCCUACUUGCUGUUUUACGAGCGGCGCGAUCUUGACUACGGACCGUACCUACCGAAGGUGGACGGGAAGCAGCUGCCGAGCGAAGGCCUUCUCGACAUCGAUGACAGUGAUAAUGAUUUAAAAAAGAUGUGUACGCUCAUGUAAGUCGAGAGCUGUUGCAGUGUAGGGUAGCUAAUCCACAAAAGCAAGCGAUAUAAUACCAUACGUAUGGCGCCAUUCUUUCAUCAUACACAAGCAAUUAGUUGUCCGGAGCAGCGUAGUUUAGCUUAAAUUUGAUAAAAUCAAACCUAUAAUCAAAGAGUUUCACGUCUAAUCUGCAAUCGAGCGAAGAGGGGAUUGUUUUUUGCGAUCCCAUUCCCAGCCUCCAACUAAGGUGGUGUGUAGGUAGCGCAGAGCAAGCAUUUGGGUUUGUACGUGUUUGCUUUUGCAUAAAUAUUGCUAGGCUUUACAUUUUUUCUACGAAAAAUAUAGCGCAGGGCAGGGCUGCUUUAAGUUGGCCGUCGGUUUCGAGGGCGCGUGUUAGGAACGUUGAACGGCGCUGUGAUCAACUAUUUGCGGGGGGAAGGGCUGAUUUUGAAGACAUUCGGGAAGGGAGCUAGUGAGGAGGACAUUCCACAUACACCUAUAGUCCCUCUAUCGGGUGAGAAUAUCGGUUGCAAGCCAAACCAUUGAGGGAGCUGUUGCUGCGUAUGCUACGCCACCGUGCUUGUAGGAUUUGUUGGGCGCGCAAAGAAGCUGAUGGAAUAUCGAUAUUGUAAGCAAUAGAUAUUAUAAUGGAAAAAGUGGCAGCUGCAUUAGCGCCGAGCCGCGGCAGACCAAUCAAACCGUGCAUUAUCGUGCUUUAUUAGAUAGCUUUUGUUUUCCCGUUGGGUUUUCUUUUCUGUUCGGUUUAACGCCAUCAUCAAAGCCGAGAUGUUGUUCAACAGAAACACGUUCCUUGUUCAGCGUAAUUUGUCCGUGUUUGUGCGCUGCAAAGGAGUCUCGUUACAUUUCACGUGUCAUCAUGCUCUAUGUAUUGUGUUUUUUACUCGCAUGUAUGUUGUUUAAUACUAUCGUGAUCCGCUGUUUGUAUGACUUAAGCCAGCAUCACCAGAGGGCUCUUGCUCUGCUGCCUCUGCGCCCUGAACUUCUGUCGGAAUGGGUUGAUCCUCGGUUUAAUUGUUAUUAUUUGUACGUGAAUAGGCCUUUUAUUUUGUUAGUUGUUUAAAUAAAGAAGAAAAACUCAAUCUAGCUUCAA